CCGAUAUCAACUGUCGUCUGCCCCGUGCGAUGAGCAGCUUGACAGCUUGGACGAGGAUCAUGCCAUAGGCCCCUCCCGCGCUGUCCAGCAUGGAACGGCCCUUCUCGUCGUCCAAAGUGACAGUCGAGUACCAUGACCCCUACGAUGUCUAUAAGCUCCUUGCGCCGGGCCUGAUUCCACGGCUCCCCCUCCGCGAUCUUCACUGGCAGUCGCACGCAGGGCCACUGCGGUCCAUCAGCACCCUUCACAUCGAACUCGUUCCUGCGGGCGUCGACUAUUCGACUAUUUUCACCCCACAAGCGUCUCCGAAUCCGAAGCCGCCUACCUCCGGCGACACCACUGUCCCGCCAAGUAGCGACGAUGGAUUUCAGACAGCGGCAAUUGGUGGUAGGGCAGGCUCUACUGAGCAGCAGGGAGAGUCGGCUGGUGCAGGUGUAGGUGCCACACUCCGUCCACCAGCCGGAGGUGCUGCCAAGGAACGCAGGCAUCAGAUCCCCGGCUUGCGCAGGACGCCGUAUCUCAAGGUGCUGCUCGUGAGGUGCGACGACAACGACACGUACAAGUCGACGACGAGGGCCGAAAUUCGCGAGUGGAUGAAGGCGAAUACCGCCGGGUCCCAGGCGAAGUCCGGCAGCAACGCCGAAAACCACGAUGCCUUCGAGUGGCUUAUCAUCCACGUCGUACUCCCGAACUCUGUCGCAGCCACUCAGCCGCGUGUUUCCGGCAAGGCGCCUGACUCGAGUUCCGACACCAAGACCUCGGCGGCAUCACGAUGGCGCGGCGGAUCCAGCACCCUUCUGGAGAAAUUGCGCGCGGACUUCAACGGCUCCUCCAAAGGGGUAGUUGACCGGGUGCGACAGAUCCGCAUCGGUAUCAAUGACGUGCCGUAUAACAUGCUCCCGCGCGUUGUUCCGGCUGUGCCCACCGGUUACCAGGAGACGGAACAAGAUGCCGAAAACGCAUGGGCAGACCUGAUUGCCAAGUUCAAGGAGCUUAUUCUGUUGAGUUUUGACAGGAGAGUCAGCCAAUACGAGGAGGAUAUCAAGGAAAGAGAUGCACAGCGAAGUCUCCCUGGCUGGAACUUUUGCACCUUCUUUAUUCUCAAGGAAGGCUUGGCCCGCGGCUUCGAGAGCGUCGGUCUAGUCGAAGAUGCCCUGGUCGUGUAUGACGAGCUGAGUGUCGGAUUGGAUGUUACUAUGCAGGCGCAAGCGAUUGCGGGCUCGCCCGAGGCAAACGGUGGCGAGCUACUCGAUUGCACUGAUGAGCUCAAGGAUAUCGCUCAAAUGGCGAUGGCGGAGAUUGCUGGCGGCAAUCUCGAGUUCGACGAGGAGGCCGUUGAUCUUCAAUCCGGCGAGAAGAAACAUGUCGACAACUUCGACGGCAUUCCCAUCAGCUCGUCCAAGAAGCUGUACCGGGAUCUCAUCCUGGCAAACAAAGUGUCGCUGUUUGACUUUAGGUGCUACAUAUUUUCUCGCCAAGUCGCGCUCCUUCUCCGGCUGGCGAAUGCGUGGUCGACGAGGGAGGAGCUCCUGGCUAAGCUCAAGGAGCAACAAGAACUCGUUCCCCGAGGGGUCGCCCCUAGAACCCCAAUGCCAAAGAUGACGGAAGAGCCAGAGAACCUUUUACAUCUCGCCGAGAUUUGCAAGAGGACGCUCGAAUUCGUCCCUGCCGUGUCUGCCAUCAUGAGGAGCGACGUAAUAUCCGCAAUGACAGCGAUUACCAAAGGACAGGGAGAUCCUCAAAUCUCCCUAGAUCCAUUGUUAUCAGAGGUCAUUGACAACAUGGUGGCAUCAUUUGCCUUCUCCGUCGCACAACAGAUUCUUGCUCAGACUUCGACAAAAGCACUCCCGAUCCCGCCGUCCACUCUCGGCACACCCGAAGCCCACGAGCAGAAGGCCUCCAUUCCCGAGCCAAAAACCAUGAUGCAUCCAGCAAGGGGCUCGUCGCUUCACACCCAGUCCGCUCACCGCCCUCCGCUCAGUCCCGGUGUAUUCCCCGGCCCUGGACGUCCUGAAGACAGUAUGACCUCUCCUCCUCCUUAUCUCAAGGCUGGUCUUGAAGAACUGGCGGCGCAGAGAGCUGAAUUGUGCACUUUGUCAAGAAACAUUCUUGAAGAAUGUGGCAAGAAGCGUGGCUGGACAGAUGGCUGGGCAUCAGUCCCUAUCGUAGGCGAGACUGGCAUUGCUGAAAUGGACGAAAUCAGCUUGGAAGCCGAGGACAAUGAGACACCGUCGAAGCCAGAGACUGUCGACCGACUACAAACGUCGGUCGCUGGUGUGGCCAAUGCGCUUCUCCGGACAGCCCUUGGCAACAAGGACGAUUUCUACCGCUUGUACGAGACGCUUAUUGAUAAGGCAUUGCGUCACUACACGGUAGCAAACCACACACACUCGGUCCAGGCCAACAUGGCUGAUCUCGCUGUGCUCAAAUUCCAUCUAGGCGAGUACAGCGAGGCGGCCUUCUACUUUUACAGAGUCAUCCCUUUUUUCGGUGAGAGCGGAUGGAGCCUCUUGGAGCUGUCUAUGCUCGUCAUGUACGCGCGUUGUCUCAAGGAGUUGAAGCGAUUCGACGACUAUGUCAACAAAGCCCUCCGCCAGCUCCUAUGCAAGGCGGCUGUAGCCGAGAGGGACCGGCUGCAGCAGAAGUCGCGGUUUCGACUGGGACUCACCACGACUACACAGUACCCUGAGACCUCCGCGAUAUCCGGGUACCUCACGGACAUGUUGGAUGUCUCGGCAUCCUUAGAGAAAGACGUUAGGAUCCCCUUGACGAGCCUCUUCUGCGACAUAGGCCUCGACGGGCCGCCGUUCUACGACGAAGGCCAGGACAGCUUCUCGUUAUUCCUAGACCUUCACAGUCUGUUGGUGGACGAGUUUGAGGCAACAUCAGUUAGCCUGCGGAUUUCGAGUCCCCCCAUCGGAGGAAAUAAGGACAUUUGGCUUCAGAGCAAGGGCCCGAUUACCAUUCGGCCCGGGCCGAACAAGGUGAGGGUUCAGAGCACUGUCAUGAUGGCGGGAACAUUUGAGGUGGAUCAAGUCCGCCUAUGCAGCAACAAAGUGCUUUUGCACUACGAGCGGGAUAUCAAUCAACCGGUGGAUAAGUCGUCGGCGGUUCUCAGAAAUCCGCGUAUUGAUCUCUACCAGCGGGCAAGUUGCCUCGACGUGCAGCUCAUGGGUGCCCAAGACCUCCAGCUUGACAAAAAGAAGUCUCUGGAUCUCGAGGUGUCGACAGGGUGGAACGAAAUCAAGAGCUGCGAGGUGAAGAUCAAGUCCGCUACUGGCGGCUUGAGGCUAGUCAUGAGCGAGGCUGAAGUCAUAGGUUCGCUGCAGCCGACAAAGUCUCAAGGGGGCUCCUUCAUCUUCGGCGUCAUGCCUGCCAACACUUCCAUUAGGAUCAGGUUCCCCUUCACUGUCGAGCAGGACUUGCUCGAGGUGGCGGUCAGAGCCGAAGUGACAUACUCUACCGACAAGGGGAACUUUACUUUCUUCAAGGCGUCGUCGGUCCCAAUAUCUCUCGCCCUCGAGGUCAAUGUCCAAGAUAUCUUCAAGCACGACGCGCUGUUUUCGAGGUUCGCCGUGUCGACUGCAAGUGACAGUCCGCUGCGGCUACUCAAGAGCGAGCUCCUCGGCUCGGACCUAUUCGAAGCGCGCUUUGGGCAGCCGUCGAGCCAUCCGGUCCUUGUAUUCCCGAAGCAGCCGGCGAGCUUGCUCUACAAGAUUACUAGAAAACCCGGAUCUAAGCUGGGACCCAAGGUCAAGAAGACCCUCUAUCUCAAGCUUUACUACAGCGUCAUCCAGGAAGAGAUCGAGGCGCUCUUCAAGCGGUCUCUCACCGCGGAUCUUGAGUCUACCCCACUGAAGGAGUUUUGCAAGCUCAUUGUCUCCAAAGUGCUCAGCCGUGUCAGAAACGGGCUGUCGGCAUACGACCUCGAAAAGGCGACACUCCAAGGCGAACUUUCCACGUCUUUUCUCUCCACUGUCAGCUGCGAGAAGCAAUUUGCCGGCCUCGGAUCAGGCCAAGACGGGGUAACCAGCAGCCUCUCGAGGUUCCUCCGCACCUGGCUCCUCGCCAAUCCCGCACUACCCCUUUCGCACCCCGACUCUACAUCAACCGCCAACACGAUUAUCAUCCCUGUCGACAUUCCCACGGUCUCGGUCGUGCACACAGUCGACAUCCGCCUCCAAACCCCUGUCCGAACCCUCACCGACCUAUCGAACAGCGUUGAUGGCUGCGACACGGUGGUCGUCAACCAGCUCCUCCCCGCCACGCUGCACCUCAAGUGGACGCGCAUCUGGGACACCGCAGCGGCGGACGCUAGCGUGAGGGACAAGGAUCUCGAGUUCGGCUACGAGAUCAUCGCGCCGCCGGAUACCUGGUUAGUUGGUGGGAGGCGGAAGGGGCAUUUCGUUAUCCCCGCCGUUACAGCGGACAGUGAAUGGGAGGGGAUGAGCUCCACGGUGGAAACGGAGGCCGAGAUCCCUGUUAUGCUAAUCCCGCUACGGGAGGGAUAUCUGCCCUAUCCUGGGGUAGAAGUCAGGGAGGUCGGUGGUGGUGAUGGGGAGGAUGCCGGCGGUAGUCCGACUAGUAAUGGGAAUGCAUAUGGGCAUUGUGAGACGGAUUAUAGGAACCUGGGGGAGACGGUUUGUGUGGUUGCAGAUAGGGGCAAGGUCACGGUUAGUCUAGAUGCUAGCGGCGCGUCGGGAGGGCCCUUGGUGCUUGAGUGCGAGGCCAGUGGUAUGGGAAUUGGGAGGGUUGUUGUUUGAGUAUAUGUGGAAUUUCAAUUAGGAAGGCACAGAGGCUCCCUACAGCCAAGAACAAACAGUACACCAAACAUCGAUGAUCUCUUCAUUCCUGUUCCUGUCGCCAAUCAUCCGUUUCUUGGUUGGGUGGGAGGUUCCUGAAGUGGAAGGUGGGGACACUGCCAAGUGCCAAGGCCCGAUUCCCUCGCCCCGCGAUCCGAAAGCAGAUAUGACGU